GCCUCGUUUGACUUUGUCCUUGACUGUUCUAUCUCCCUGUCAAUUCCAACGGCUCCAAUUAUGGAUUUCGAACGAGUCUACGUGAUUUGCGCGCUGCUGUUCUCAAUCCCUUUUAUCUCGCUUCUCCUAAUCCGAACGUAUUCUAGAUUUGAAAUGUCUAAUGACAAAACGCAAUAUCCGCGCCUGGUUGAGAUGCAGAUGCAUGGUUUGAGCGGCUGGGUGCAGUAUUCUUCAAACUCUCUCAUCUCUCAUCGUCAACUAAAGCCAUACUGACCUCUAUUCAGCUUCGUCUCCGAACUUUACAGAGCAGAACACCCUGGCUUGACGAUUAUCGUCGGAGAAUACAGUUGGAAAAUUCAUGCCCAGGAACUACGUUCCGUAUCUAAGUUCUUCGAGAGAAUACUUCCUCGUGCGCCCGAGUCCCUACUUCAGGCUGCUUCAAUCACUUUACGCGACGAAAGCCCCGUUAUCAUCGCCUAUCUUGUUCUGUGGCUCUACACGCGCCAAUACUACGAACUCAAGGCUGUGGCCUCCCAAGACUUGAUGCUCCCAACAAUCCAGAGCAUCAUGACCCUAGGACGAGAUGCGAAUUCAGGAGACUGCAGCCCGAUGCUUGGUCAAUAUAGUACGGAAGAGCCUGACUCCCUCCACGCACAGAUGUACUGGCUCACGGAUAGAUAUGAGAUCAGCGAACUCAGAGAUGAUGUUGUGUCCAUGAUCAAAGAUCAUUUGAGCCGACUUCCGCAUGCCCUUGUACCGACCUUGAAGCAUCUACUCGGCCUGUCGAUAUCUUCUGCCGGCGUCAUACCAGUGAGAUCACGAUGUGCGCUGACCACAAAGGCGCCUCAACGUCAGGCCUCCGAUGCCUCUGGGCUUGUCGACUGCCCAGAUGGAAGUCCAAGCUCGCCUACACCCAGCGACACUGCUAUCCAGCCCGACAGGACGGAUGUACUAGCAAUGGUUGUUGCCUCUGGGCGGUCAGGUCGAAUAGACAGCGCGGGAGGGCUCAGUAUCAAUCCCGAAGACGACGCUGAUCUAUGGUCUGUCCUGGUGGGCAGAAGCAGCGAAUAUGUAUUGCAGCACGCUGACGAUACCGCGUUCGUGGCGACCAUGCAGAGCAAGCCAUCCUUUCAAUGGGCCGUUCUACAACGGGUCGCAAAGGGACAUGUCAAAAUGCAAGGUGAAGUUACGACAUGGCGGAAUAAGGCUGUGGAGUUGCAAGCCGAGGUCGGGGACUUGCAAUACGAAGUCGUCAAGCUACAAGCUGGGGUGAAGCAUUGGCCAAAAGUAGUCAGCAAAUGGCGAGCUGAAGUCGAGGAAUGGAAAAUUGAAACCCAAAGAUGUCGAAGUGAAAUUAGAGAAUUAUGCGAUGCACUCGAAGUCGACCAAUCUCGAAACACGGCCGGCCCAACGAGGUCGAGGUUCUCCAAAUGGUCGAGAAGAAGACACGAGCGACAAGAGCCCCUCGCGAACCGCGUCUCAACCAAAAGACAUAUGGGUAUACUAGGAAGUUCUUCUCGACGACGGCUAAGAGGGUCUCAAUCACGCAACUCUUCAUCGGCUUGA